CGUCAUCCGAAGGGCCUUUGUCGGUGUCAAGGUACCGGUGGUCCUCGAGCCCAACGAUCUGACCAGGGUCGAUGGCAAGAGGCCUGACAGAAUGACGCUGAUGCCUUGGAGUAUGGGUCAGCCACUUAUCUGGGAGACUGGGAUACCCUGCGUGGAUACCCUGGCGCCGUACUAUUCCAGGCACCAAAGUUGACGCUGGUGCGGCCGCAUCCUCGGCCGAAAGCCCAUAUCGUUGGAAGUAUGCCACACUAGGUAGUAGCUACAUAUUUGCGGCGUUUGGGGUGGAAAUCCUGGGGCCGUGGGGUCCUAGCGCGCGUCGCCUCUAUGAGGAGCUGUCAAAGUGCCUUAUAGAGGCUUCUGGUAACCAGAGGGCUGGCCAAGAUUUUGCUCAGCGGAUCAGUAUUGCCAUCCAGCGGGGCAAAUUUUUAAUUUAUAAGUUUUUUAAAAGUGUUUUAUUAUGUUUUACAUACCUGGUUUUUGUUGUAUCAAUAAUAUAAAUAUUAAGAUAGGUACAUGAUUAACAGAGGCCGGAAUUUUCGUGGCAUUUUUUAAUUGUAGUAGUAGUAAAGCACUUUAUUAUAUAAAAAGAAAAAUAAAACAGGAAAGAACACACAUCAAUUGUACAAAGGCGAACUUAUCCCUUUCAGGGAUCUCUUCCAAAUCUUUGAGCAAUUAAGGAAGACUUGACGGUUGACAUCAAAACUGUUCUAAACGGCAUAAAAGAAAAUAAUAAUUUAAGAUUGAGAAAUAUUCUUAAAUUAUUAUGACAUUUAUGACAUUUUGAUCGUUAUCAAUUUUUUUCACUCAAGUUGAAAGUAUAAUAAGAAAUAAUGUUUAUUAUAGUGGCUUAUUAUUAUACUUUAUUCUAAUUUUUGUUGCAGUUGACAAGAUUAUUUUUAAAAUCGUUUUAUCGGAAAACUAUGAUCACUUAAUAUUUAAACUGGAAACAAAAUAUUUGCAACUAAAAUCUGAAGAAAUGAAGAGUCCAAAUACGUUAAAUUUACAAAAAAACAGUAAUUCAAGUGUUAAAAUAGGACCAACUGAUACAGCUGAAUUGAAGACGUUUUCAGUUAAUAUUGACUUCAAAAUAUCAAAGGAAAAUGAAAAGAAAGAAACGACACUAAAAGCGAAUAGUCACAGCGAUGUAGCAAAUAAUUCAACUGAUGAAGCACCUAAAAUUAUUUAUAAAUCUAGUAAACUAAAACGUAGAACGUUGAAGAAAACUGUUUGUUACAAACAUUCGAAUAAAUUCAAAAAAACGAAUAAACAUAACGGUAUAAAAAACAUGAACAAGAAGAUAAAGAGAUGCGUUGCUAGAAAAGAUGCAAACUUAUGCGAAGUUCUGAACCAAAUAAGCCCUGAGUCGUUAUCUGAGUUAACAUCUUCUUGUCAAAUAUUGAAACAAGUACCCGGAAAGGAAAGCUUACUUGAUGAUUGGAAUUUGGCAGAAGAAAAUAUCGAUGAAAAUAGUGAAGAUUUCACGCCAUCAUUAUAUUCGGUGGAUUCGAUGAUGAGCAAUUACAGCCAGAAUACAAUAACACAUGCAAUUAAAACAGAAUCGUCUGAAACUGACAGUUUGGAUAGAUGUUCUGAAAGGUUUGUAAUAAAUGAACCAAUGAAAGCAAAUAUCAUCAACGUAUCCAGAGCCCAGGUAGACAAUAUAUCUUUUGGAAAUACGAAAAGUUUAGAUACUUUAACUGGAGAAGUUGAUUUAACUGAUAAUAUAGACGUUGGAGUUUGUCGUAAUGACCGAGUAGCUCCACCGACUUCCAAGUCUAUUGAAAGAGAUCUCUUUUCAGAUCAAACGGAACUGUUUACUUCUAGCGAAGCUAGUGUAGAAACUUUGGUAGACGACGGUAAGAAACUAAGGCCGUUUACUGAAAACGAAUGCUUUUAUCAAUCGAGCUCGAACUCUUUUUCGCAAUCUAGCAUCACACUCCACGUGGAUAAUUUUGAUAUCGUAUCAAAUAAAAAAUAUGCAAAAAUAUCUUUAUCUCACACUAAAACGCUUAUGGAUACAGUGAAUGAUAUGGGUAUGUUUCCGGAAAUGACUGGACCUAGAUCUUCAACUACGUUCAAUGAUGUUAUCGUUGCAGAAAGAUUAAUAACCAGUUUUAAGUUAUAUAAAGAAACUAAGGAUAAGCUAAACGGUAACUAUAAUCAAACUAACGAUUCUAAAACUAAGCCUUUAAAGAGUGUUGCACAAAAUGUAGACCCUGUACCAAAAACAAAUUUCAAACCAAAAAACAUUGAAAAGUUUCCUUUUAACGUCACUAUGAAUGAUUCAAACACAUGUACAAAUGAAUGCCAAAGUGACAAACCGUCUAGUUUAUCUGAACUUUGGGAGAAUUUGACCGCAGCUCUAGAUACUCAACUUCAAAAACUAGAAAAAUCACUCACUGAUACAAUUAUAGCAGAAACGAAAAUGUCGUUGAAUAUUUUAAGCAGAUUUAUGCAAUUUGGUUCUGAAAAACACAACAAGGUUGAUAUUGAAAGUAAUGUCAAUGAAGUACUAAAUCAACUGGACGAAGAUUUGCAAUGUAAUAUAUUAGAUGGACCUGUUAAACCUAAUGUUACAAACGCAGAUGUUUCUUUAUCUGGUUUGUUAUUUAAUGUCACGAAGGAAGUACAAUACAAUUUGAAACCAUCUUUUGAAAUUCUGAAACCUGCAGUAAAAUCCGCAGAGGAUAGCCUAGAUGUUUUAAGUGUAGAAGUAGAUAAACCAGGUCCAUCUGCUUCUUCAAGCCGUCAUUUGAGACCUUCGUUUUCAGUUUUCGUGUGUCAAUAA